UGGAAUAGCAUUAUGACCCAACUUUGGAAUACACGACUGGAUUAAAACACUGUUGUGCUAAAAUUGGUUGUUCCUAUUGUGAUCAGAACAAUGCUUUCAGAGUGAGGAUAACCGUGUGCCAACCGUUAGCGGCUAGCUAUGGCUAAGCUCUACGACUUCGAGUGGAAGCGACCUGUACCUGAGUUGCUCCAAACCGGCUGUGUCCUUGACAGGUGGGAUGAGGAGAAUAACUCAGUUGAGUACAACGUGAAUGUCAAGGUGGAUGAAUUCGGAUUCUUCAUCUACUGGAAGAGUGACGGAAAGGAAGGUCAGGUGUUGGAGUGCUCACAGGUGAAUGAUGUGCGUGCAGGAGCCGGACCAAAGGACCCCAAGUUAAUCCAAGAGCUUGAACCGCGGGGUGUUGGCACAUUGGACACCCGGACUGUCACAGUGUGUACUGGAUUAGAUUUAGUCAACAUCACAUAUACCAGGUUUAUCGCUCAAGACGCAGAAACUGCUAAGCAAUGGAUAGAAGGUCUGCGGAAGAUCACGCACAAUUUCAAGGCCAACAAUGUCUGUCCAAUGACGCAGUUGUCAAAACAUUGGAUGAAGCUGUGUUAUGCGGUGAAUCCAAAUGCAAAAAUUCCAGUACGAAGUAUAACACGGACGUUCGCCUCAGGCAAGACAGAAAAGAUGGUCAUGCAGUGUUUACGAGAUCUGGGCUUUCCUAGCGGAAAGAACGAUGAAAUAGAAACUAGUACAUUUACAUUCGAAAAAUUCUACGAACUCUACCAUAAAAUAUGUCCAAGAUUAGACAUAGAAGAUCUAUUUAAAGAACUGAGUGGGGGCAAGUCAUAUCUAACUACCAAUCAGCUCAUAGAUUUCUUUAACGAGCGACAGCGAGAUCCACGGUUAAAUGAGAUAUUGUUCCCGUUCUGUGAUGAAAAAAGAGCGCUACAAAUUAUAGACACAUAUGAAAUGAUAGAGGAAUAUAAAUCAAAAGGAUGGUUAUCGACAGAUGGCUUCUGCCGAUACCUCAUGAGUGAUGAAAACGCGCCUGUCUUCCUCGACAGGCUAGAUAUCUACCAAGAUAUGGACCAACCCCUCUCCCACUAUUAUAUCAACUCCUCUCACAAUACGUACUUAAUCGGGCGACAGUUCGGUGGGAAGUCUUCGGUAGAAAUGUACAGACAGGUCUUACUGGCAGGGUGUAGGUGUGUAGAAUUGGAUUGCUGGGAUGGCAAAAUGGAGGACCAGGAACCGAUAAUAACCCAUGGCAAAGCCAUGUGUACAGAUAUUUUAUUUAAAGAUGUAAUAUAUGCUAUAAGAGAUACUGCCUUUGUGACUAGUGAUUUUCCUGUGAUAUUAUCUUUUGAAAACCAUUGCAGUAAAUCGCAACAGUACAAAUUAGCCAAAUACUGUGAAGAGAUCUUUGGUGAUUUGCUGCUUACGAAGCCACUUGAUACUGUGCCGCUUGAACCAAACGUUCCACUACCGUCACCGAACAAUUUACUGCGGAAAAUAUUGAUCAAGAACAAGCGGUUGAAGCCGGAAGUAGAAAUCAAAAAUAUGGAAAUGUUUUUGAAAGGUCUUGAAGUCACCAAUGAUGAUGAUGCUGAGAUAUCAGUUGAUACGGACCCUGCAGCGGUUGUGGACGGAGAGGAUGGACCACUAAACGACGACAUUUCCCUGCCUCCUGAUGAUGUGGCAUGGAAAAUAGAUUAUGUGGAUCCAACACCUGUAUUAAAAGAAGAGGACAAUGACGCACACCCUGAAGUCAUCUUACCAGAAGAAAAUGACGUGGCAAAGAAAAUGAGCCUCAAAAUUACAGAGACCAAACCUAAGCCGAAGCCAGUAGUCGUUCAGGAGGAGAGUGAGGUGGUGGAUGAGACUGUCAAGCAUCUGCCCAGGUCAAAUCCUCGCCGGGAUAAACUUACAUCUUAUUCUGAUACUGAGAAUCACCCCCCUCAACUAUCUGUAGAUGAUGAGAACGAUUCGGCUGACCUCUCAGUUGAUGAUGAGAAUGAACCGACGCAGUUAUCAGCAGAUCAAGAGGCAGAGUUGAUGUCAAAGUACAAAUACACCGGGGCAACAACCAACAUUCAUCCCCUUCUCUCCUCGAUGGUCAAUUAUGCCCAGCCGGUCAAGUUCCAGGGAUUCGAUGUCGCUGAGGAACGAAACAUACACUUCAACAUGUCCUCGUUCUCCGAGUCGACGGGCCUUGGCUAUCUCAAGACGUCGGCCAUUGAGUUUGUCAACUAUAACAAGCGACAGAUGAGCAGAAUCUACCCCAAGGGAGCAAGAGUGGACUCCACCAACUACAUGCCACAGAUCUUCUGGAACGCUGGAUGCCAGAUGGUAUCGUUGAAUUUCCAAACGUCUGACAUAGCAAUGCAACUCAAUCAAGGCAAAUUUGAAUACAAUGGAUACUGCGGGUUCCUUUUGAAACCCGACUUCAUGAGACGUCCAGACCGAACAUUUGAUCCGUUCUCCGAGAGUCCUGUAGAUGGUGUGAUAGCUGCUACCUGCUCAGUUGAGGUUAUCUCUGGUCAGUUCUUGUCAGAUAAAAAGAUCGGAACAUUCGUUGAAGUGGACAUGUACGGCCUCCCUACUGACACGAUCAGGAAAGAAUUCCGCACUAGAGUCGUCCCAAACAAUGGUCUCAAUCCUGUCUAUAAUGAGGAGGCGUUUGUAUUCAGAAAGGUUGUGUUACCAGACUUGGCCGUGUUGCGGAUAGCCGUGUAUGAAGAGACUGGCAAGCUCAUAGGACAGAGGAUAUUACCACUGGACGGUCUCCAAGCUGGAUACCGCCAUAUAUCUCUGCGAACGGAGGGUAACUUCCCACUCUCAUUACCAACUGUAUUCUGUCGAAUCAUCCUAAAAACCUACGUGCCCGAUGGAUUUGGAGAAUUCGUCGAUGCCUUGUCUGCACCGAUCGAGUUCAUGUCGGCCGCUCAGAAGCGGGCCAAACAGAUGCAGGAGAUGGGCAUAGAUGAGCAGGAUAUCUCAGAGGUGCCAGUGGUCACGAAAAAAGACAAGAAGAAUGACAAGAAGGCUGCAGCGAAGCAGAAUAGUACCGUGCCGAACUCAGUUCCUCCUCAGACGGUGGCAAAUAACGUUGGUGGCGUUCCGGCCAAGAAGGAAGAGAAAAAAGAUGAGAUGUUAUUCGACCCCGUCACCCCAGAACUUCUCAGGACCGAAAAAAUGUUCGUAAAGAUCUUGAAGAAACAGCAGAAGGAGAUGGAAACGUUGAAGAAACGUCACAACAAGGAGCGCAGCGCGAUGCAGAAACAGCAUUGUAUGGUCGUUGACAAGAUGGUCGCCUGCCAUGACAAGGAGAAACAGAUGCAAGAGAAGACACUAGAGAAGGCUAUCAAGAAGAAGGGAGAGAGCUCUUGCAACGAGAUCAAAACUGUGACAGAAGAUAGAGUACAAGAUCUAGUUAUCUCACAUAAAGCCAAGGUGAAAGGCUUGGUAGCUGACCAGACAGAGGAGUGGUCUAAGCUGGUCAGCCGUCAGAUGCAGGAGGAACAUGAUGUGAGGAAAGAACAUGCAGUCCAGCAGGGCGACCUGCUCAAGAAACUCCUCGAAGAUGCUCAGAUAUUCCAACUCAAAGAUCUCGAACAGAGACAAGAUAGAGAAAACAAGGAACUUAAGGCUGCCCAGGCCAAGCAGUCAAUGGACGCAAGUAAAAUUGUCAUGGCUGACAAAACGAUAAAGAAUAAAGCUGAGAGGGAUAGACGGAUUCGUGAACUGAAUGAAAAUAAUACCAAGAAGUUCAUUGAGGAGAGAAAGCGCCAAGCAAUGCGACAUUCACGGCAGGUUGAAUCUCUGAAGAAGGUCCAUGCGGCUCAAACGGAAACUUUAGCAAAGGGAACAGAAGCAGAACAAGAAAUGUUGGAGAUUUGCCACGAGGAAGCUCGCCUUGCAGCAAAGCCUGAGACAGUUAUAUAAGAGUCAUCUCAUUUAUAUGCCACGUCGUCUUAGAAUAAUAUAGAUAGACAAUGAUUGAAAAUACUGGAACAAUUAGUUUCAGUGAAACAGAGGAAAUGUACAUAGUGAUGUACAAGAGUUACACAAGCGAGGUUCAAGUUGAGAUGGGACACACUUAGUGGGUUUCGCCUACAAUGGAAAGGACAGACUUUGUACUGGUAUUGUUAAGUAACAUAUAAAUCCAACCCUCCUACAAACAAGAUUUUUAAAAACACUUCGUUCGAUUCAAGUUGAGGUGCUGUGAGUUUUACCAUCAAUAGAUUAUUUAUGGUUUUACCCAAGCUCUGAAGAAUUUCCAUUGGCGACACAGUCUCACUGGGUGCGAUAUCUCUAAAUAUUUGCUUGGACUAAUUCUGCGUACAGUUGUGGGGUAAUGUUCCUUUUUUAGUUGGGAGUAAAAUCAUGCCUCGGUUCUAUGUUGAGUGUUAAGGUGCUGGACACCGAACUUUGUUGUUUGAGUGGACUGAUCUGUCGGUGCGGACUUCCUUUGUUGAAUUUGAUAUGUCAAUUGGAAGUACUUGAUCGUGUUUAAAGGGACCAUAAGAAUUGAGCAUCUGUUGCUGUAUUAACCCCUUAUUGGUUAGAAAACACUGUGGGCAUAAUUAUCAAAAUUUCCAGUCAGAAGUUUCUUGCUCAUUUUAAAUGCCCACUGUGACUACAUUAACUAAAAGCAGUAUAAUUCCAAUUUUACUCCAAUCAUGUUAUCACUUGAAUUCUUUGGUCCAGUCUGUGAUGUUAAUGAGAAUGAAAUGCUUGCUCUCCUAGAAAAUGGAAUCCCGGUUCAGGUGUGUGAAGACGGUUGUUACCCUAUGUCAUAAUGUUCAUUUCCAAUUGGCCUGCUUACAUGUAAUGAGAAUGAUACUGCACAUGCAUGCCAAUCUGGCCAGGUUAAAUUGAAAUUUCAUUUCCAUAUUGUUAACUUUUCUAUCUUCCUAGGAAAUUUCAAUAUCUAGUGUGUAUUCUGUUAAUGUUUUUGUUUCUUUUUUAUGAUUUACAUCUCCAUGUUAUUAUUACGCCUUGUCAAGAUCUAUUUAUGAAUAAUCACACAUAUUUUAUCAUGAGAGGAAAACCUUGAUUCUAUAUAUAUGAGAAUAUAGAUACCGGUAUAUAAUGUAUAUGUUUUUGUCUGUUGAUGUACACGGUUUCAAGUCUUGAAAGGAUGUACAAAAAGUGUAAAUAGCUUGAUAGGUUUGUGUAAAAAUCUUAAAUAGUAGGUCACACUGACAUAUCAUGUAAUCAGAUAUUUUAAUGUUGGAAAUGCAGCUGUAUGGCACUAGUUAAAAGAUAAUAAGUCAUCGUAUUACCAUGAUUAGUUACCUAUGAUUGCUUGUGCAUGUGCUCAAUCAUUUGCUCCAAGCAAUAAUAACAAUAAUGCCGCCUUUUAUGUAGUGAUAUUAAACAGCAACAGUUCUUCUACAUCAACACCUGCAUCACUAGUUUCAAUCAGCUCAACAGCUACUUCUGAAGUUUCAAUGUCAUGACUUUAAACAGCUGCAUCACUAAUUGUAAACAGCUGUUCCACUGGCUAUAAACAGCUGCACCACUGGCCUUAAACAGUUGCACCACUUGCUGUUAUCUCCUGCACCAUUGGUUGUCAACAGCAGCACCACUGGCUGUAAACAGUGCACCCACUGGCUCUAAUCCGUUGCACCGCUGGUUGUAAAAAGCUGCAUCACCUGCUGUAAACAUUGCACCCACUGAAUACUGUACUGCUGCAUUACCAGCUCUAAAUUAACCAAUUACAUGGCCAGGCUUAAUCGGUUAAAUAAACAUUUCUCAUCUUUUUAUAACCAUAUACUUUUAUAAACCAUGCCCUGAAGUAGAUGAUAUGUAUGUACAGCUCUUUAAACUGUUCUCUGUCGUAUGUGUUGUCAAUGUCAAGGUCAUUGUGAAAUGUCAAGGUCAUCAGUACAGUGUAGAUUCAGGUCGCUUUGAAGUUUUCAUCUGUGAUCUCAAUUGAAUUAUAAAACAUCGGUCACUUUUACAGUAAGUUGUUCACAUGAUAGGUGUACGUCUGCUAAGGUGGCACAAGUUGGGAUUAUUCAACAACCCUUGUGUUGUCUAUUUUACAAUGAAAUAGAGUUUCAAAUCAGAUAUUCUCCCAUCAUGUGAGGAAUUUUCUGUUGGAAAGGACUGAUGUUGAAGUUGCCUUUGGUCGACUGGAUCAUUUCUUCAGGUUUAAUCUUACAUUGUGUCGUCUUGUGUUUACACUUUCCACUACCGGUACAAAUCUGCUGAGGGAAACCAUUAGAUUUUUCCAACAAAUUUGGAAUAAAACUCCACUGAUGAUCUGUGGUUUGAAAUAUGCGACACUGCAAUCAUGUUAACUAACCUGCUAAAAAGAAUCAUUUACAUAAUCACUGGUAGUGGAAAAUAAUGUGUGCUUCAAUUUAGCCUGUAGCUUGUCCAAGUGAAUAGUUUUUUGAAUUCUAUAUAACGUCUAUCAUGUUUCACCUUCGGUUGGAGAGAAGUGAAUUGUAGGGUCUUGCUCUUUUUACGCUGAUUAUGACCCCUAUUCAGAGUGUAGAUUCCACCUGAUAAUGAUCAGUCUACAGAAAUUUCCUUUUACCCUCGUCAUAAUCUUGUUUACACCAGUUGCUAAGUAAUUGUUCCGGUAUCUUGAUUUUCAUACUUAACACCAAUAAACUUCGGACACCCCAUGAUGUAAAAAUAUCUUCAAGUAAAAUAUUAUAAUUGGUCCAACUUAUCACUCUGAUAUGAAGAAAUGGGUCAUAUUGAAUUGUACUAAAAGUUUGGGAUCAGAGUGAGAUUUGGGGGACCUGUACUGAUCUUUUUUCUUCCGCUUGUUAGGUACAAAAAUCUCCCCAUUGGAACGAAACGAACUGUUCCAUGAAAAGAAAAACUUAAUAGAUCUGGAUGAGUUCAUUCCAAGUUUCAGUGGUAGUGAGCUAUUCGUUUUUCUCAGGCUAUUUGUUUCUUCUUUUUCUCAUUUCCAUUGUUAGACAUUUUCAAAUUCAUUGUACAUUCAGGUUGUUGAUAAAUGUAUAUAUAUAUAUAUAUUGUGGAGACAGUUCACAUUCAUGUAGAUAGUUGCAUAUUUGCAAAUAUAUAUUUUGACCUUACUGCAUAGGAAAGCUGAAUUUAGGCGGCCUUAAUUUAAAAAGCAUUCUGUAGUGUGUUGUCUGGCCUCGUAUAUCUUUUUCAUGUUUAAGUAACUCCUAAAACUGAGUUAUUUCAUGAUCUUGUGAAACUCUAUUUCAGUGUCAAUCAUGUCAUUAAUUCAAAUGAAGAUGCAGAGGAAAUUCCUUCGCAAACUUAAAUCGGAGCAUGAGUAGAUUGUCAGUCAUGAUAUAAUUGAAUUGAAGAUAUUAUGAGAGAAUUUAGAAUGGUAGUGUUUUCCAAAAAAGAUCUUCAAUCUUACUUCUGGGAUUCAUGAUGGUGGGGCUAAGUUUGCCUGUUGCAAGAAAUUGAAGCACCUACCGGGUGGCCAACUUUACCCACUUCACCCCACCUUACAAUCUACAUAUUGUACAUAUUGUUAGAUUCUGAAAUUUUCCAAUUAUCUAUCGGAGUCUCUCUCUCCCUUAGGGGAAUAUUUGUAGGUCCCAUAGUGCAAUACUGCUAACAUUGUUAUGCAUCCCCUGUAGCUGAUAUUCUUAGUCUUCCAAGUGAUAGUACCACCCUCAAGAAUCAGUUUCCCAGCUUGACGAGAAUCAGGGCUCCCUACUUGUCGAGCUGGCCUACCGUGAGAAUGGAGUAUUCUUCUAAAGAAGGUGGACACAUUAUUCCAGGCUCUUUCGUAGUUGGGCAAGGUCAGUUAGUUUGGAGGCCUGCCUGAGAAUACAUGGUUCGUGUUAAGUUGGAAAACCGAUUCUCCUGGAUGAGCAUAGCCUUAAGAGAUAGCUUCACCCAAAGCUGGCUUAAAUUGACAAGUUCAGCUCAAUGCCGUCUAAUAAAGGUGAAACAUUCUUUCUACUUCCCCUGCCCUUAGUCCUGAGUUACUUGAUGUGGUGCAACGAGGCUGAGUUUAAUGGAAGUCAUGCUUCACUUGCCAUUACCAAUUUCAUCAUGAUCAAAAUUUAUGCGUCUGAUCAAAUCUUGUCUGGUCUUUGUCUCUGUAUUAGACUGGUUGCCAACUUGUUCUGGGGCCAUAAGGUGGGUUAGAAUAACCAACCAUGUCAGUUGAAACAUAGGAAAAUUCAUCCAUGGCAAACAUGGAGUGGGUGAAAAAUACUACAGUAGAACCUCUCUAUUGAGGACAACCUCAGGACUGACAAGUGUUGUCCUUAAUAGAGACGUGUCCUGAUUAGAGAGGUCAAAUUGAAUGGAAACAACCAAUUUUGGACCAAAACUAAUGUCCUUAAUAGAGAGGUGUCCGCUAAGGGCAGUUCCACUGUAUACCAGUGUGAUGAAGCUGGUAAACUACACGCCAUCUAACAGCAUGUAAAACCAAAGUUAUUAAUGACAGCCAGUACUGAUAUGAAGGUACCCUCAGUAGCGGGUUGAGGACCAGUCUAUCUGUGUAUAGGUAAGAGGUGUACAAACUCAUGUGUACAGUUAACUUAUGUUCUACAUUGGACAUAUCAUGGCAUAGCAUCUUGUGUACAGUUCAACUAGAAAUAAUAAAUUCUUUAUUCCAAAUCUAA